AUGAUUUUUAACUUUGAAAAAGAUCGCUGGCCAGAAGCUACAGAUACAGGUAUUUCGGUAACUGACAUUCUCGAACUUCUUACACAAGAUGAAUUACCUGAAGUGGAUUGUUCAAGUUCUGUAGACGAGGAUGGUGUCAUCACUUCAUCGGGAUAUGUAUCAGUAGUAGCUGUUUUGCUGCUACAACCACCGCCACUUGUUGCAGGACCUGAUGUUACCGUAGUCACCUCUGUUGAAAUUUCAGAUGGUCCACUCACCACUACUGAUAUUACGGAUUUAGAAUCUUGA